UUUAGCUUAUCACGCCGGUUGGAUAUGAGUUAAAAGAAGGUGUUGAUAUUAACUAAAUUUUAUUUUAAUUAAACUAAAAUUAUGUAGUUUUUAAUUAUGAAGAUUUUAUUAUAUUUUAUAUGUUAUUUGUUUGUAAAUAAUAUUUGUCAAAACAAACUAUUGCUUAAGUUUAUACGGACAUACAUACAUAUAUGAACCAAUAUGUAUAUAGACCAACAAAAAUUAACUAAUACUUUCAAUUAUGUAAACAUUUUUAUAAAAUUUUUUAUUUGUACUUUAUCUGACUUCGAUCUGACUAACUACCAGCAAAUAUUGAAAUUUAAAAGUAUAAGCUGUACUUACGAGCAGAAAGUCAAGCAAAAUGUAAACAAACCGCAAAACAAAACAACAACUAUAAGGAAAACAACAACAACAACAACCAUAACGAAAACAACAUUAGCAUAUCAGCGAGGAUCGCUACGAAGGCUCUGCUCGCUUAGAAUGCAAGGCGUUAACGAGCCGCUGCCGCGAGGAUAGCUUAAAGGUGCGCACGAAAACGUAAACAAGUGCAGAACAAUACUUGUUUGUGUCAAAAUUAGUAAAUGGAUUGGAUGUUGUUUUGCAAAAACAUGUUUAGAAGAGGAAUCCUGAAGAAUAAAAAUGAAAAUGUAAACAAAUGUUUUGUUUGGCAUGUUGUUUUGCAAAAACAAGAUUUAAAGGAGAAUCCCUGAAAAAUAAAAACGGAAACGUAAACAAGUCUUUGUUUGUCCUCCGAGCGUUAUCAGCUAAGAAUGUGUGGCACUUUUCAAGUGUGCUGAUAUCGCAACAUUUUGUGGCAUAUAAAUUGGUGCGGCCGAGGGCUAGCUAGAUCAUUACUAAGAAUUUAAGCAUUGUGACAACACAUUGAUUGUGCCGUGAAGAAAAUUCAGAAGAAAAACCAAAUCACUUCGUAGAAAUUCUACACAAAUUCGUUAAAAGUGUUAAAUUAUUUCAAAGAAAUCCGUGCAACAAACAGCUCAAGAAAAUGGAUCUAUCUAUGCAUGAUAAUGCCGAGAACCAGCUCUAUCACCACAAGAAGUUCGAUCAUGGCAAGCGUCCACGUGAAGAAGAUGUACUACAAGAGCUGGAUCAACUCAAUCGCGACCGACGCUCGCCACCGAACGCUAUAUUGCUCAAUCCACACUUUUACGGUGUUGAGCGCGCUACAACACCAUUCUCCACCGACUCAAAUUGCUCUUCUGAGUAUAUGGGCUUUGUGACGCGCUUCAAUGCCACCAGCACGCCAAGCAGCAAGCGGCCACGCCUAAUGUCCAGUGGUGCAUGUGGCACAUCCAAUCCAAGCAGCGAGGAUAGCGGCGUCGUCACAUUAACACCAAAGAAAGGGGUAGCAGCCAGCGUGUCCCAACUUGGUCAACAACGCAAACGCCAGCUAAAGCCAUCGUUGCUCGCACAACCGUCGAAGAAGAAACAGAAGACUGUGCAAGUCGGCGAAACGAAACAUAAUUACACAACACCCAAAAAGCCGGGUAACAACAGCAGCUCUGGUGACAACAGCGCCAUCAGUCCUAUCACCGGCAGCAGUGUCAUUAAUGUGUCCGCCAACACAAGCGCCAUUAGCACCUUGGCCAUCAAGGGCAACAAAACAAAUUUGUCGAACAAAAGUGUUAGCCCGGUGAGUGCCAACAGCAUUAAAGCGGUGCUUAAGCCCACAGAAGUCGGUACCUUGGAGUUGCCUAAAAGCGCUGAUUCUCUCGUCAACAGCAGCGACCCUCAAUUGGACGCCAGCGCGGUGCUGUCACGCAUUAGCGAGGAUAAGCUGCGCAGCAUUUGCACUUUUCACACGAACAUGGUGCGCCAGUUUCCGAAGAAGGAGCGUUCGCCCAAGGAUCAGGAGCGUCGCAAUAAAAACACAAUCGCUUGCCGUAUGAGUCGUCGUAUCAAAAAGCUGGAACAGAUCGCUGUCGAAGAAGAAUGUAAAGAGCUAGAACAGCAACAUGAAGCAAUGACAGAAGAGAUAUUGCGUGCUACAGCUUAUCUGGACCAAUUGGAGCUGUUAAUGGCACAAACACAAAUUUCUGACGAUGACGAAUCCGAAAUCGAUGUCGUUAAUAUUAGCAAUGAGCGAUGUGACACUCCGGCUACGGCAAGCGCGUCGAAGCUGCACAACAAGCCUGUUGGUGUGCCUAUGCUGCCGCCACCUGUUAUGGGACCUGCCAGCAGGAUAAAGCCACAUCCUUUUUCGAUCGCAGGCUUAUUGGGCAAUCUGAGCCCAAUAAAUGCGUGAAUACAAGUCUUUCCUUUGAAGUAUAAGUAACUUAGCUAUAAGCAUUAAAAUAGUUUUAUUUAAUUACAAAGAUAUUUGUGUAUAUACAUAUAUAUUAUAUAACUUCUUGUACCAGAUGUUACAGUUAAAGUUUUGAUUCGAGAAAUCAAUUGGAAAAAUUUUUAAGGUUAAGAUAAGAUUUAGAGACAUAGCUAAGAUUAUGUUUGUAUUACUAAAUAGUAUUUAUGUUUGUAAAAUUAUUUAUUGAAUUUUCUUAAAGUUUAAUCUAAAUGUACUGUAUUUAAAAAAAUGUUGUGUUUUUGAGAAUAUGCUAAGCCUGGUUGUCUUAAAAUAUUUAACGUUAAUAAAAAGCUAAAAUUUGUUAGCAAAAGUAUA